AUGGCGCCCGCCGCCUCCCCCUCCCUCCCCGCGCGAGUGCCCGGAUGUGAGCAGCCCGGCCGCCAUCUUGCCGCCUUCGCCGAGAGAGCCGCACCGUUCGGAGAGCGCGAGCCCAGCACUCCCUGCCGCCGCCGCCCCUGCCGCCCCGCCAGCCCCGCCGCGGAGAUAACUGUACAAAAGUGCGGGGGACUAAAUUGCUCUUUUCCUCCCCACAGGUCAGCUCCCGCUGCUGCUGCACCCCCCGCCGCUGGAGGAGAGGGGGGUGGCCCUCCUCCCCCACCCCCCAACCUCACCAGUAACAGACGACUCCAGCAAACGCAGGCGCAGGUUGAUGAGGUGGUGGACAUCAUGAGGGUGAACGUGGACAAGGUGCUCGAGAGGGAUCAGAAGCUUUCGGAGUUGGAUGACCGUGCCGACGCCCUGCAGGCUGGAGCCUCCCAGUUUGAAACCAGUGCUGCCAAGCUCAAGCGCAAGUACUGGUGGAAGAAUCUAAAGAUGAUGAUAAUUCUGGGGGUGAUAUGCACCGUUAUCUUGAUCAUUAUCAUCGUCUACUUCAGCACCUAGUGGAAUCUACGGAGCCAUUUCUCAUCCAGGAACAGCGGCCGGGAGAGGCGCGAGGGGCAACGCAUCCCCCCUCCUCUAGAUCUCAGCCAUAUCUUCCAGCCCCGCCCCCCCCCACACCUUACCCCCUCCCUUUCCUUCCCCCGUUCCCCUGUGUGUGUGUGCGUGGGUUUGCAUUGCGUGUGGGUGUCUUGUAAAUAGCCUGAUUUGUUAUUUAUACAUAUAUAUAUAAUAUUAAUAAUAAUUAUAUUUUGUCUGUUUGUAGAUUUAUUACUAGACUUUCCAUGUGUCAUGGAAUCUCCCUCCCUUGCCAACCUUCUGCCGAUCCCCCCCCCCCCCCCCCCCCCAAAUCUCCUCUCUCUCGGACGGUGUUUUUUCAGUGUCUUGAUUUUUAAUUACAAUCUUUGAGGACCAAGGGACUCCCCUCUCAGCCGGGCUCAGAAAUUCCUCGACGCCUCUUCCCGUUGUCCACCCCACCCCUAGCCCGUUAUGUGGAGGCCCACGGAGCUCGUGCCCGGCCUUUAACCGAGGCUCUCCUCUGUUCUCUUCCUUCUACCUUGGAGAUUUCAGAACGCUUCACCGAUUGAGGGAUCCGGAGCAUGUCCCUGUUACUGCCUGCCUGGGUUCUCUGUACUCCCGAGUGGCUUUUUUUUUUUGACCGGACCGUGCUGGCGUGUCGUGAAAUUUCUGUGCCCCGCUCUCCCCCCCCCCCCACCCCCCUUUCCCCACAAAACGAAAUAUUUACCCCCUUCUUUGUGAUCUUCUGUAACAUUCCUGGAGUUGUGCCGUGUGCUGUGUCUUGACAAGUAAUCAACACUACACCUUAACGCUCCCUCCGGUUCCGAAACGGGGGAGGCAGAGGACGGGAAAUCCUGCCGGAGGCGUCCCUGCUAAAAAGGACGAUGCCGGUGAUUCUUUUCCUGCCAUAAAGUAUCCUGUCUGGAAACUGCCUCGUUUUCUUUUUCUAAAAAAAGAAAAGAAAUGUACAUUCCACACCUCUCCUGAAGAGGAGGCGCAGAAUAUGCAGAGGGAUCUCGGCCUGUGGUUCCCCAGAAUAACUUUUAGAUUCCUUCUGUUAGCAAUCACUGCCUAUUUAGUAGGGAAUUGGUAUGGAUGUGAGUGUGAAUGCGUUUGAGAGUGGGGGGGGGGGUCGCAAAGGGGUUUUUGUUUCUUUGGGGGAGGAUAUAUCGAAAGCGUAGUUCAGAAAACCGUUAUGAUACGAAGAGAGAUAGGAAUGUUGGGGGUGUAUGAAAGUGAGGCUGUGUAUAAUGUAUAGGGCUAGUAGAAGACAUCUUUUCCUCUCCGGUCCUGUUUAGAUUUUGAGCCGCGCACCAAACGCCCCCUUGUGUCUCCAAUCCUGCCGAUGACCCGAGGCCAAGGAACCUGCUUAGGCUCUCUGCUUUUGACCUCUGAUUGGAACUAACAACUGAGGGGUUAGUUCUGCUUGCGUGUGGCUGGAGAAAUGUGAAUCUCGAGGAGAUUCGUCGGACGACUGGCUGGUUGGGAACACCCCCUCCCGCCCCCUUUUCCUUCCCCCCCCCCUCUAAAUCAGCCAGUUCCACUCUGCAAAUGUUAUAAUCGUGAUUGUUGUGGCGAGUGACUCUCUCCAAUUCUCUGUUGAGCACAAACUGCCAUCUUUCUUGGCCCGUUUAUAGCGUCGGUGACUUGUGACCUUUUCUUUUUUUUUUUAAUUUUUUGGUACAUCGUCCCCUUCCCCCUUUCUGCCCCCUUCCCCUCUCCGAGAAGAAACAAGAAUUCUCCCCUUUCGACUCUCUCUGUGUACCGAUCGCUCUCCGAUGCCAAGGAAUCGCAGGAGGAACGAGAAGAAGAAAGGCGUGGCUUUUUCAUGGCGUAGUAGCGUGGGACGGUGGUGGGGACCACCCUUGCCAGCUUGGAGGGAAGAACUGGCAGGGAGUGCCCCACUCCAAAGGGAUGUGAGUAUGGGGAGGGAAGGGGAGGAAGGAAAGAAAGAAGUCAGGGAACGUUCUAGCUGCCAGUGUGGAGGGACAUAGCAGCCAGGAAGUUCCAUGACGGACAUCCCUCCUUCCUCCCUCUGUCCCUUCGCCAAGCCAAGAAUAGCCUCGGCCUGUUCUUGGGGGAGUGGCUGGCUUUGUGAACUGCUGGGGGAGACGGUUCAAGGUGUAUAGGGGGUGUGCAAUCGAUGGGGGGAGAGAGGCUCCUUUGGGUAGCUGGUAAGUGUGAUCGCUUGGCCCGGACCCCUUCUGCAUAUACUGUUGAGAAGGGAAACGUGUACCUGUUUAGGUAAAACGGGUGCGUACGCAUUUAUUUAUUCGAGAGGAGGGGGAAGACAGAAGGAGCUGCAAUUCUUCAGCUGGACAGCAGGUGUCACUGCUGCUCUCCAGCUCUUCAGACGGCUCUAGCAAGGCAGAUCCAAAAAGGGGUAGAAUUAAGAGUCUACACAUUACAUUAAGGGGGCUUAUGGGGUUUAGGCUCCAUGACUUGGUUGCCGAUGCUCACCCCUCCUCCUCCUCCUCCCUCUUCCUCAGCAGGCCUGGGUUUAUUCAGGAAGGGGUUGGAUUCAGCAUGGGCAGAACCGGGAGUGACUAUGCUGUGAAAAAAAAAAUGAAAUUUUAAAAAAAGUACAAUAAAUGUCCUGUGGAGAACGCCCAA